AAUGGAGCGACAGGGAGUGGACGUGCCCCGUGUGAAAUGCAAAGACCAGGAGCCGCAGCCCUUGGGGGAGAGCAAGGAGCAUCUGCGGUGGGAAGAGAACUGCGAGGAGGAAGCUGGUGGAGGGCCAGCUAGUGCCAGUUGCCAGCUGACAGUCCUGGAAGGGAAGUCGGGACUCUACUUCUCCUCUCUGGACUCAAGCAUUGACAUCCUGCAGAAGAGAGCCCAGGAGCUGAUCGAAAACAUCAACGAGAGCCGACAAAAGGACCACGCACUCAUGACCAACUUCAGGAACAGCCUGAAGACCAAGGUUUCGGAUCUGACAGCGAAAUUAGAGGAGAGGAUCUAUCAGAUUUAUAAUGACCACAACAAGAUCAUCCAGGAAAAGCUCCAAGAGUUCACCCAGAAAAUGGCAAAGAUCAGCCAUUUGGAGACAGAGCUCAAACAAGUCUGCCACAGCGUGGAGACUGUGUACAAAGACCUGUGUCUCCAGCCUGAGAGCCUAAGACUCAGACGGGGGCCAGACCACUCUAGGGGAAAGUCCCCACCACGUCCCAGCGACUCACAGCCCCCAGACGUGUUCGUUUCUUCUGUGGCUGAAACUACUUCUCAGGCCACUGCUUCAGAAGAACAGACCCACAGAGAUGGUGAAUGCUGACAGCUGCCGGGAGACUCACGCCUUAGUGACAGUCUCCAGGAGAAGACUGUGAGGCCACCAUUUGGGCCACACUGAGAAAUUGUUUUUCAUGGUUCUAUAAUGCAUCUUGGCAGAAAAAAA